ACGUCAUCUAAAAAUUGCCAAAGAAGUGGGAGACAAGGCUGGAGAGGGAAAGAGUUACUGCAAUCUCGGCAAUGCUUAUCGUAGCCUAGGAGAUUUCGAAAGAGCCAUCCAGUAUCAUGAACGUCAUCUAAAAAUUGCCAAAGAAGUGGGAGACAAGGCUGGAGAGGGAAAGAGUUACUGCAAUCUCGGCAUUGCUUAUGAUAGCCUAGGAGAUUUCGAAAGAGCCAUCCAGUAUCAUGAACGUCAUCUAAAAAUUGCCAAAGAAGUGGGAAACAAGGCUGGAGAGGGAAAGAGUUACUGCAAUCUCGGCAUUGCUUAUCGUAGCCUAGGAGAUUUCGAAAGAGCCAUCCAGUAUCAUGAACGUCAUCUAAAAAUUGCCAAAGAAGUGGGAGACAAGGCUGGAGAGGGAAAGAGUUACUGCAAUCUCGGCAUUGCUUAUGAUAGCCUAGGAGAUUUCGAAAGAGCCAUCCAGUAUCAUGAACGUCAUCUAAAAAUUGCCAAAGAAGUGGGAGACAAGGCUGGAGAGGGAGCGAGUUACGGCAAUCUCGGCAAUGCUUAUGAUAGCCUAGGAGAUUUCGAAAGAGCCAUCCAGUAUCAUGAACGUCAUCUAAAAAUUGCCAAAGAAGUGGGAGACAAGGCUGGAGAGGGAAAGAGUUACUGCAAUCUCGGCAAUGUUUAUCAUAGCCUAGGAGAUUUCGAAAGAGCCAUCCAGUAUCAUGAACGUCAUCUAAAAAUUGCCAAAGAAGUGGGAGACAAGGCUGGAGAGGGAGCGAGUUACCACAAUCUCGGCAAUGCUUAUUGGAAGUUAGGAGAUCUGGAAAGAGCUGUAAACCUGUAUCGUUCUUGCGUCGUAAUUUUUGACGUUAUCCGAGCCAAUUUGCGGUUCAAAGAUGAUUGGAAGAUUAGCUACCGCGACAUGCAAAGAAACGCAUACACUUGUUUGUGGUGUCUUCAUUUAAAACUAGAUCAAAUUUUGGAUGCGCUUUUAUCUGCUGAACAAGGACGUGCGCAGGCUCUUAAUGAUCUGAUUUGUGUUAGGUAUGGGUCGGGAGGAAUACAGCCUGGGCCUCACACUCCAGGGAAUUCUGAUCUUGAGGUCCUUGCAAGCUGUGCUGUUUCAAAUACAGUUUUCAUGGCUGUAGAUGUUACAUCGCGCAAGAUAUUCUACUGGUUUAUUAACAGCUUUCAAGAUAUUCAAUUGAGAAGUACUGAGAUAAGUAAUUAUGGCUCGUUCGAAGAUGUCAAUACCUUUAUUGGAAGCUUAAUGAACACAGCAUCAAGAGCGUUUAAAAGAGGUGUUAUUGAAUGUGAAGAUCGCUCUCUUGAUGAGCCCUACGCUGAAGAAUUAGCGAAGAAAAGGUCAGGUCAUGGUUAUUUCUCUCCUGAAUGCUCACCGAGAGCUGCCUUGAAGAUGUUGUAUGACGUUAUCAUUGAGCCGAUCGGUGAUCUCAUCAAUGGCGAUGAAAUUAUCUUUGUUCCCGAGAGUUCACUGUGGUCAGUCCCUUUUGCCGCAUUGAUGGAUUCCGAGUCAAAUUAUUUGUGUGACUCUUUCCGAAUUCGAACGAUUCCAUCCCUGACUACUUUGAAGUUGAUAAACGAUUACCCAGACGACUUCCACAAUAAGAAAAGUGCUUUACUCGUGGGUGAUCCAUGUUUGAAGGGGGUUCUUUUCAAGGGGAUGGAGAUCGCUCCACUGCCAUGUGCGAGAGAAGAAGUUGAGAUAAUCGGGAGAAUCCUUGGCGCUGAUCCUCUUAUUGGUGAAGAAGCAAAAAAAGAUGAAGUGUUGAGGCGACUUCCCUCUGUUGCCUUGGUGCACUUUGCUGCACAUGGCCGAAUGGAAACAGGCGAAAUUGCUUUAGCGCCACGAAGUACUUGCUCAUCACGGCCCUUUGUUGAGGAGGAUUUUAUUCUAACAAUGAAAGAUGUGCUGGAUAUUCGGAUACGAGCAAGGCUGGUUGUGUUAAGUUGUUGUCACAGUGGUCGUGGAGAGAUUAAGGCUGAGGGAGUUGUUGGAAUUGCAAGAGCGUUUUUAGGUGCCGGCGCUCGCUCUGUUCUCGCGUCGCUGUGGGCGAUUGAUGACAAGGCUACUCUCGUGUUUAUGAAACAUUUCUACGAAGAACUGGUUACUGGCAAGCUUGCAAGUGAAGCUCUUAACCAAGCUAUGAAGAGCAUGAAAGAGUCUGAAGAGUUCAGGGAUGUGAAGUACUGGGCACCCUUUGUACUCAUUGGGGAUGACGUCACACUGGAAUGA